UUUGAAUAUAAAAUACUAGAUAGCCAGUUUUUUUCAUUCUUACCUUUUGUGGUUUAUUGAACAACAACAAUUGCCUCCUGAUCACACGCUUACACACCAAACGCAAGUGUGAGAAUAACUGCGUGAUACUCAUAUCUCACCAAAAAGUGGAAUAUCUUCCGUUGAGUGUAGUGGUGUUACGUUACUAUUUUACCUUGAUUUCACUUUAUCUGUCAAACUGAAGAAGGUAAAGUAAUUAGAUAUUAUUAAGAGGAACAAUUUAUUAUUAAAACUUUCCCAAAAUGGCACACUGGUUUCAUCGUAACAUGUUAAAAGCAACGACAGAUCAAAAAUUUGAAUUUAAAAUACCUAAUGCUACUGAUGCCACAAGAAAGCUAUGCAGUGAUUUAAAAUUGUCAAGAACUCGUCUGUUAGAUUUGAUAAAAAAUCCCAAUAAUUCAAGUGAUACUAUAGAACCAGCUUUUCAUAGUUAUUUAAGUUUAUUGUAUGGAUUUAUAUGGGAAAUAAAUUCAUCUGCAGAACAAGAUCAACAUGUUGGAUGGCCAAACCCUAGUAAACUUAGAAAUGUGCUUGUAUAUAAGUGGACUCAUACAUUAUUAGGAGCAAAUACUUAUUCUAGAGCUGACGCUGUUUAUGAAGCAGCUAAUAUGAGUGUUAAUGUGGGACUUUGGUUUAUGAAACAUGCUGCAAUGAUUGCUGCAAAAGAUGACAUAAGCAUGAAUGAAGCGAAGGAUGUACAUACAAUGCUUCGACGAGCAGCAGGAAUAUUUACUUUUGUGCAAACAGAAUUCUUACCAAAAUUAGCAAAUCCACCACCAAUUGGAAGCGAUUUAGAUUCACGCAUACUAAUUGCAUAUGUAAAUCAAUGUACAGCAGAAGCGCAGGAAGUUACAGUAGCAAGGGCAGUGGAAUUAAAGCACAAUGCUAGCUUAAUAUCAGCUUUGGCCAAUGAAACAAGUAAAUUAUUUAUGGAUGCUGCUAAUAUUUUACGUUCGUUUAAACCAGAAAUAUCGGCCCAGUGGAUUAAAUACUUAGAACUCAAAGCAGCAUUUUAUCGGUCUUAUGCCUAUAAUUAUUGUGGAGAAAAUUUAUUGGCCAUGGAUAAAUGUGGAGAAGCAAUUAGAGCUUUGCAAGAAAGUGAAGUUUGUUUGAAAAAAGCAACCAUCUUAUGCCAAGAAUAUGGAAAAACAAAAGGACCUGCCCAUAGAGUGAAACCUGAUCAACAUACUGUAUUCAAAAGAUUAGCUCCUGUUGUGAAACUUACUCUUGAUAAAUGUAAUCGAGAGAACGGUUUAAUUUAUCAUCACACAAUACCGGGAGAAGUACCAGUGUUAAACACAAAAGCUACUUUUGGUUUGGUGAGUCCUAUUGACUUUGAAAUGCAGUCUCAUCAUCCUCUAUGGAAUUUAGAUGUAUACAAUAAAUUAUGUGGCUUAACUCCUGCCACAACAGAAAAAGAACAAAAUUUACCACCUGUUAAAGAGGAUGCAAUUCAUCACAGUACAAAAGAUCCUAAAAAUGAAAGUGGUUGUAUACUGCAAUAAACUCUUUAAUGUACGAAUAGUAAAUUAAAAAUUGCUUUUUAAUUGCAAUAAUAUUGAGUUCCGCUUUAAAUUGUUAUAAAGAUGUUAUAAAAGUGGCACUAUUGUGUAACUAUUUUAAUGUUCUUUUUAAUGCAUUCAAUAAUAUGUACAAGCUUUUAAUUAAAAAGUACUGCACGGAUGGCAUCUAUAUUAAAACAAACUAGUUAAUAGAAAUGUUUUCAGGUACAUAGAGGGAUAUGUACUGAGUUUGUAUAUUUUUAAUGUAUUCUAAUCGCUAUUUAUAUAUAUAAUUUAAGACUGCAAUACAUACUAUACAUGCAAACAUUAUACAUAUAUACUAGUAUAUUUUAUUUAUAAUUUAUAUAAUGCUACUUUCAUGCUUUCCGAAAAGUUGAAGUAUUAUAAUUGACUUUAUUAUUAUUUAGUUGGUAUUCAAAAUACUUUGAAAGCUAGUCAAUAUAGUAAAACACACUACUUUAAAGUUUUUAAUUUAUUUCUGCUCAUAUGAUGAUGAAAUACAACUGUCCUUCUACUUAAAAUUUUGUAUAGAACUUAUUCCUAAAAAAAAGUUUGGUAUUUAUUGCACAUAUAAUGUAAUGGAAAAAUUCAUGUAAAAAAAUAUACUUUAAAAUUACAUUUUAUAUUUAUUGAGGCUGUAAUAAAAUACGAAGAAGUGUUUUAUAUCAUAUCUUAAUUUAUAUAUACUAAAAAUCGACCAAUAUAAUUAAUUGUAUAUAUGUAAGCA